GAUUCUUUAAAAAGAAGAGGUUUACAAAAGAAAGGCAGCAGCAUGGCCAGUGUGCUGUCCCGGCGUCUUGGCAAGCGAUCCCUCCUGGGAGCCCGGGUGGUGGGACCAACUGCUUCUGAUGGGCCGUCAGGGACCACCCAGCCCAUGGAACCUCAGGUGGAGCUGCUGGAGAGGACUGUCCCACAGCCCUUCCUUGCCUUUAAAGACACUUCCUGCCAGGAGCAACCCAAGGACGUCCUCAAAGCUCCUGGCGUCCCAGGCCUCCAGCAGGUGGCUUUUCAGCCUGGGCAGAAGGUUUAUGUGUGGUAUGGGGGUCAAGAAUGCACAGGACUGGUGGAGCAGCACAGCUGGGCAGAAGAUAAGGUGACAGUCUGGCUGUUGGACCAGAAGUUACAGGUCUGCUGCCGAGCGGAGGAGCUGUGGCUCUCAGAGCUGCAGGGCGCUGUCCCCCAGGUGCCACCCACGGAGCAGGGAGCCCAGGUGCCAGCUUACAGACCCGUCUCCAGGAACAUUGAUGUCCCAAAGAGGAAGUCGGAUGCAGUGGAAAUGGAUGAAAUGAUGGCAGCCAUGGUACUGACAUCCUUGUCCUGGAGCCCGAUUGUGCAGAGCCCUCCAAGUGCUGAGGCCAACUUUUCUGCUUCCCGCACCUCCUGUGAUCUGUGGAAGGAGAGCGGCGAUGUGUCCGACAGUGGCAGCAGCACCACCAGCGGACACUGGAGUGGGAGCAGUGGCAUUUCAACCCCCUCGCCUCCCCACCCCCAGGCCAGCCCCAAGUAUUUGGGAGAUGCCUUUGGUUCCCCACAAACCGAUAACGGAUUUGAAACAGACCCUGACCCUUUCCUGUUGGAUGAACCAACUCCACGCAAACGAAAGAACUCUCUGAAGGUGAUGUACAAGUGCCUGUGGCCAAACUGUGGCAAAGUUCUGCGCUCCAUAGUGGGCAUCAAACGGCAUGUCAAAGCCCUCCACCUGGGGGACACUGUGGAUUCAGACCAGUUCAAGCGGGAGGAGGAUUUCUACUACACAGAAGUCCAGGUGAAGGAAGAAGCUGCCGCUGCUGCUGGCACCCCUGCCCCUGGGACCCCCACAGCGGAACCAGCUUCUGUCCCCAGCGUCAACAGCACACCCCUUGCCAUUCUUUCACCGCCUCCUCCCAAAGCCCAGUCCACAGGCCCAGAACACGCUGGCCUGGAGUCUUACCUGCCUUCGGAUGCUCUCAGCAAAUCGGCUCCUGGUUCCUUCUGGCACAUUCAGGCCGACCAUGCAUACCAGGCUCUGCCAUCCUUCCAGAUCCCCGUCUCUCCACACAUCUACACCAGUAUUAGCUGGGCUGCUGCACCCUCCACAGCCUCCCCUCUCUCCCCGGUCCGGAGCCGGUCACUCAGCUUCAGCGAGCCUCAGCAGCCACCACCUGCAAUGAAAUCUCACCUGCUUGUCACUUCUCCACCACGAGCCCAGAGCAGUGCCAGGAAAGCCCGUGGGGAAGCUAAGAAGUGCCGCAAGGUGUACGGCAUUGAGCAUCGAGACCAGUGGUGCACAGCCUGCCGGUGGAAGAAAGCCUGCCAGCGAUUCCUGGAUUGA